AUGCAACGUGUUCAUCAGGAUGGAGGGAGAUAUUCAGACCAAAAUGAGGGCGCAGCCCGCUUUGCUGCCCUCGUGCGGUGCAGUAUACAGGAGGCGCAGGAGUGGUUGCGUCGCAGUGCUGGUUCUAUUGAAGCAGCGCUGGAUGGCUAUCUUGCCCAACAACGGUCCUCAAAGCGACACAAGACAUCUGCAACUUCGCCUUGUCCAUGCAGCCCGCAUUUAAAUUCUGCAUUCAGCCCGGUUACAAAGGAGUCUUCCUCUCGUAAUUCUACUGGGAUGGGGACGGGACGCCACGAAACCUCCGAUGGAGCAGGUCCAGGUUCUCUUCCAGUUAAGCAGGCAAAAGUGCAAGCAGCUCGAGAAGCAUCUGUUGGAGGCCCAGUUUUAAUGAUAGACCUUGCUGGUGACUCAGGUGAAGAAGAUGUAACUGCGACAAGUGAAAAUAAAGGCCACAAUGCAAGCAACCCAGCCGGCAAACUUGGGGACAAGGGGUGCAGUAGUGUUGAAGUGCAACCCCCUGCCUCAACUGACGUAACCAACGCUCCUGCUGUCGACGAUCUUCCCAACAACUUUUCGUUUUGUCUUGGCGAAUGCGUUGCAAGCGGCACCGUCACAAGCGGCACAAUGAGCAGAGUCAGCCUCACAGAUCCGUUAACACUGAUGGUAGAGGUGCGGCUGCCGCAUGCACAGCGGUGGGGACCACAACAGGGCUUACGGAGGGCUAAAGUAUCUAACAGCGGCUACAGGAUAGUUUACGUGCACCUCAACGACCCCAUCCUCCUGGAGCACCAACGGCGCCUGGGGCAGCCGAGCUUCCGCGCCCGCCUUCCUGACGAAUGUGCAUUUUCCAUACCUGCUCAUUCGAAUGCAUUCGGGGGUAUGAAAGCUGCGAACGGUUCCAGCCAUUGCAGCCCUCUUGCAGGGUUGGAUUUCCACAGCCUUCUCUCUAGCAUCUCUGAACAGACAACUUUCUUGCGGCUGCUGAUUAACGGCCGGGAAGCUGUACGCUUUGACAGAGAAGUGGCUAACGCCCUAGCUCCUUUGCUUCUGUUAGGGGCUAUUAAGGUAGACGUCUGCUGGAUGCCUGACAGAAUGCCACCUCGCCGUCUUGUGGUUAACAGUACUCUCUCUGUACGCAUGACUACGCAUGUGACCCUACAGGCGCUUCGUUUGAGCGCGCUUCGGCAAAGAGGGGAUCCGUACUUGAGCCAGGUUCACUUUCCCGUUCUGAUUGGACAGGCAUUUGAGUCACUUCUGAACCUUCUAGCAAUGCAACCUGUGGCUGCUGCUUCUUCACCCACAGAGGAGGAAAAUGAUGUAGGUGCUUCGACGCUGAACGAAGAUACUAAAAUUCGCAAGUGUCUGGAUAGCCUUAAUGGACCCAAGGGGUCCACAGGAUUAUCUCAAACCGGAAUAGAAGCAACAGGGCUUUCUCUUAGCGCAGCAUCGCGUGCCUUCACCGAAGAAAACGAAGGAGGUGAAGAUAGUGAUGAUACCAACGUCUUCGAUGAGGAUGACGAAGAAGUUGCGGAAAGGAGUGGUACUCUGUGCCAGCUGGUUUUGGGUGAACGGGCCGCGGCAGACCAAGUGCAAUCACCACAACAGCGACGGCGCCGACUGGGAACUCUAUACCCUCCAGCUAGUAUGUUUGCUUCCCGCCUUCGCCCUUACCAGGCUCAGGGACUUUGGUGGAUGCUUCAGUGUGAAUCAGAACAGAGCCUAUGCCUCGAAGAUGAGGAAGAAGAGCUUGAUCCGCUGUGGACAAAAUAUAAUCUUCCCGCUACCGCGGCUGCCUGUGGUACGAGUGGUUCAAUACAGCCUGGCCCUACAUUGGUUAUGGCCUCCUCUGUGGAAUGCAAGCCAGCGAGGACGUUCGUCCCAAGGUGUUUCUACAUAAAUACGAGCUCAGGGCUUGUUUCACUAGAGAAGCCAAGUACAACGGGUCGGGUGAGAGGCGGUAUAUUAGCAGACUGCAUGGGCUUGGGAAAAACUGUGCAAGUUCUUGCCCUCAUUGCUGUUAGCGAAUUCCAGGAGAGGGAUCCUAAGGGUGCUGCUUCGUGGCUGGCAACGUCAGCGGGUGGCUUCGAACGCAACACGAGAGCAACCUCACGGACCUCAAGUACAGCAAGGCCCGCGAGUACCCCAGACAAACAGCCAGCAGCACCCGCUAACGAGUCGGAUGCUUUCGCUUCAUCGUCACUGUCUCCAUCGCCAAUAUCUGUAAGCUCCGAAGGCGAUUGUGCAGACCUGAAGUCUGCGAAUCCAGGCGAACCUCCACCAGCAGUGGGUCGGAAUCCUUUGUUGGCUGUCGACCCCCGGAUUUUACAACGCACUCUUAAACGCGGUAGAGAUGGCCUACUGCAAGGGGGAACUCUCAUUGUUGUGCCGCUUUCCCUUAUUGGGCAAUGGUAUGCCGAGGUGCAGAGACACUUAGUACGCGGAGUGGCAACGGUCUUGCAGUAUUACGGCCCUGGGCGUCCAAGAGACCCCAGGGUGCUUGCAGCAUACACCAUUGUGCUCACCAGCUACCAAACACUAGCAUCCGACUUCCGCCAUCUAUCAAAGCACAUGCAGACGCAGAGAGGAGGCUUGAAUCGUGAGCCACAUUCGACGAGGACACUGGGUCUAGGGUCCAUGACAGAGAGCCCGAUUGCCAGCAUCCGAUUUCGGCGGGUUAUUCUAGACGAAGGCCACAUCAUCAAGAACACCUCGUCGCUUGUUAACCGUGCAUGCAAUUCCGUGGAGGCUGAUUCACGUUGGAUAUUGACGGGGACGCCUCUGCAAAAUGAUCUUUCGGACGCAUUCGCCCUCAUUCAGUUUCUUCGCGUCUCUCCCAUGGGUAGUCGAAGGUGGUGGAGGGCAAAAGUCACUCAAGCAAUGGAACGAGCGCAGGAUCUUCUGAAAACUGGAGGCAAUGAUUCUCUCGUAGGAGUGCCUAAUUCGCCUCCCCUUCAACGCCCGGCGCCCGAUCCAGUUCUACACAAAUACAUCCAGGAUGCUGUGGAUGGCAAGCUCGAAGAUUGUCCAAUUUGUCUCGAGCCACCAACCGACGCAGUCGUGCUGACAAACUGCUGGCAUGUGCUCUGCGUCGCCUGCGUGCUGUUGCUGCAAAGCAAUAGCAACGGUGCAGCAGCAGCUUGCCCAACAUGCAGAAGUAAGUUCCUUCAUCAGCACGUUCGGCUGCUCCCGCGCGGGCCGAAGGCGGCUGCCCAGCGAUGGAUUCAAGUCGUGCAAAAGAAGCACCGUGAAGCGCUUGCAGCUACUGACACCAAGACAGGAUCAAAGCAUGAGAAGCAAAUGGCGGUGCAGGAGGCGCAAAUUGGCGCAAAGAUGUGCUCAGCUUCACCACUUACUCCAGCACAUCCAACAGUAUGUGUCUCUGCGGAUUUGAAAACUUCUGUUGCAAAGUCUGAGGAGGCACCUCAGAAGUUUUCUGACGACACAUUUUUUUUCAGUACGAAGAUGCGACUCCUUCUCGCGCUUUUGGAGGCAGAUGUUACUGCUGGGAGGUCCUGCGUCAUCUUCUCGCAGUGGACAUCAAUGCUUGACCUCUUGGAGAUGGCAUUUGCGCGAGUUGAAGCCGUUCGUAACACGGAGCAACCCCGUGUGUCAAGUGCCACCGAUGACGAUGAUGAGGAUGAUGAUGUUGUUGAGGUGGGAGUCGCCCUUGGCAAGGGAAAUCUACCUCGCUUCCUAUCUGGAGACCUCAGCAACGAGGUUGCAGUAGUGGGACAAGAUCGCCCAGUUCAACAAGCAGCACCGAAGAAGCGGCUGUAUAACUACCGCCGCAUCGAUGGAACACUAGGUCUAGAGGCCAGACAGCGCAUAAUUCAGUGGUUCUCAGACGACAGCUUGCUGUCGAUGGCUUCUACAGUAGUUCCGUGUACCUCAAGAGCAACCGAUGAGGAAGAAGCGCCAUUUAUGGGUCAAUUUGAUCUGCAGCCUUUCACCUGCACGCGCCACCCGACUGACGCUUCGCAUGGUGGAGUUGCUCCCCCAUCCGAGCAGUGCGGAACAGCGAAAUCAACCAGUGGAAUUAAAGGUGGUGUGGGCAUUUCUUCCCCUCAUCAUGGGAAGAUACUCCUGUUGUCUUUGAAGACAGGGAACGUAGGGCUCAACCUUGUUAAAGCAACGCGCUGUUACAUUGUUGACGGAUGGUGGAAUCCUCAGGUUGAAAAACAGGCGAUGAGGCGCCUUUGGCGGUACGGACAGGACCAGCCGGUUUCUGUCUACCGCUUUGUGUGCUCUCGAACGGUUGAGGAGCGGAUGGAGGAGCUGAUAGAGUGGAAGGGCCGUCUUUCGCAAAGCACUCUUAGCUCUGGUGAUCGGUUUGAGCGGGGGAGUUCAGUGGAUCCGGAGGAAGGUGACGCUGACAAGAGGAAAGGGCGCCUAUCGCUGCAUGACCUUAAGAAGCUGUUUGAAGGAUGGGAGGCCGACUCUGGAUCCACAUAA